AUGCGCCUGGACGGGUGGCCACAGCCGACAAGUGCGGGGUUGUGCAGUUGGCGACGCCUGCUGGUCGAGUUCGAGGGGGAGGCGUUCUUACACGAACGUUUGGUGAUUAAGGCACACCCCAACGGCGGCUCAGCCUGGAUUGCGACGCCUGAUCAGGACGAGUACGAGGAGGACUACCGUAACGAUCCCGACAUCGUGGGGGUCACCUUCCUGGAUGAUGCAGGUCGCCCGCCAGCGCCGCCCCACCUGCCGGUGUACGCCUUUCGGGCUGCCCCGACUCAGGCGGUCCUGCAGGCAGCGCUCGGCAACGCAGAGGUGCAAACUCAGCUGUUGGGCUGGGGCCAGGCUGUCGCGACGCCGCAGGUCCAGGCGGGUGCGAUCGGUGUCCCAGGCGCGGGGAAGUGGCUCCUGGCGGAGCCGUGCGGCAACAUGAAGAUCGGGGAUGAGGCGCCUGUUGCUCCCACGGGCCCGUUCGCGAGCGUGAAGGCGGUGUCGACCUGCACGCUGCCGUCGGGCAACACCGUGGCCGUCUUCGUGGAGUGGGUGCCGACGCAGAAGGUUGGCAGCUUCAGGGAUGACAAGAUUGAUCUCUACGCGUCGGAGGUGAGUGAUUGUCGCAUUAUGAAGCCCCGUUUCGAGCAUGGUGUUCGCAGUCGUACCUUCAACGACGGAGUGUUGGAGUUGUUCGAGGAGCCUGACCUCGAUGGCUUCCCGAAGGGUCCUCGCAUCACGUUGGGCACCGCACAGACUUUGAGGUCUCAGGGGCUGACCUGGCAGACCCAGGCUCGUGAGUGGCCCGUCGCGGCUCGCAUUCUUCCUGGGGACAGGUCGGUGCACGAGUACAAGCUGAUCUGCGAGGUCCUGAAUGCGUUGCAGUGCAUCGAUCAGUGUAACCUGCCGAACCUGGUAGGGGCCGAGCUCUUGGUGAGGCGCAAGAGCGUGCUGGAGGAGGCGCACGCCUCGUCUCCCAGCAACCCGGACUACAGCGCAGCCGACAUCAUGAUGGGCUGGGCUGAGACGAGGGGCACGGGGAGCACUCCUGAGUCACUCAUGAGCUACACCGCUAACAGGCUGAAGGAUAAGGCAGCGAUCUUGAAGGAGAAGAGGAAGGCAGUCGAUGAGUCCAGGCUCGGGGGCAAAGGUCAGCCCUCGAAGGACAAGGACAAGGGCACCAAGCAUCGCUGCAGGAGGCUGCAGCAGCGCUUCGACCGCAGGAAGGCAGUUCUGAGUCGCGCCGUCGACUCCGUCAAGGCGCUUAAUUGGUUGCAUGGUGGGCGCCAGCCUCCAAGUUUUUCGAGUCCGACCCUGUCGCAGGCUACGGCUCUUCAGCACCUUCUGGACGCGCAUCGGACUGACGUCCCGGAGAUCGUUAAUGCCGAGGCAGCCCGCGUGGAGUUGCUCGGCGCAGGUCAGGAUUACGCUGGUGGCCCUGAACUUCCCAUCGCGAGUUACGACAAGGAUCUGCUCUCCAUGCCCCAGCUUGGGGCGGAGCCCGUCGACCUGUCCACGGUGCUGGAGGGCAGGGCCAGAGAAUGUCUCGUUAACUUCGAAGAGGAGAUCUUGCACGGUCCCGACGAUUGGGGCCAUAUUACUGAGUGUGAGGAGCAUGUUAGACCGUAUAUGGAUCCAGUGCUUAAGUCCGACGCUGACGCUUACUUCGACUUCGUGAUGAGGGGUCACAGGAUGCGUGAGAGCCCCUACGUUCGGCUGGGAGGGCCGGCUGAUGUUGCUCGGCUACUGCACUCGCGCGGCGACGGGGACCCGUACGUGGCCCUCGGCGACGUGAAGGAUUAUUUUCAUUGUUGCGGGCUUCCACCAGGUGACAGCAUCUUUCCACAGUCCAGGGUCGUUCCCAUGGGGUGGUCUUGGGCCUGUUACUUUGCGCAGUCUGCUACAACGUCCCUGGUGCAUCGUUUCUCGGGCUCCGAGGGUGACAGCUUCCUGGAAUCAUGCAAGCCUCCUCCUGGUCUCGAUCGGCCCGCUCACAACGUCUACAUAGACAACAUUCGCAUCUUCGGCCAAGGUAAGUCACAGACCGAUAGGAUCGCCAACCAGGUUUUCGACGGGGUCGAGAGUGUGGGCUUUAGGGUUCACGAGCGCACGUCUGCCAGCAAGUGGGCUCUUACGCUCGGCCUUGAGAUCGACUUCCUGUAUAGCACGGUCCAAGGAAAAAGGCAAAAGAGGUGGAAGUUGAAGGCAGUUUUGGAUUGGUUGGCAGGUGCUCCGUAUGUGUCAGGUAAGGAGAUUGAGAGACUCCUGGGCCAUGCCACCUUCCACUUCGGUCCUAAUCGGCUCUUCUUGUCCAUCUUUAACAACGCCUAUGACUUCAUUCGUUCGAGUUACACCUCUCGAGUGCGUCUCUGGCCCUCGGUGGCUAGGGAGUGCUGGGCCGCUGGGUGUCUUAUCUCGUUCGCGUUCGCCGAUCUGGGAAGGGACUUCGACCCGCUCGUGAGCUGUUUCGACGCUAGUACGUGUGGGGCAGGGGUCGCCACGGCGCCUUGGGACUCGGCCCAGGUUCGUUCAGAAUGCGAAUGGGAGGAGAGAUGGCGUUUCAAGUGGGAUGUAUACGAUCGAGUUGCGCCCAGGGACAACAACUUCUUAUCGCUGGACUGGGGGGACAUCGAAAGCGUCAAGCCUUGUCGUGACAGGUCGUCCCUCUGGUCGCUGGACAAGUCGUUCAGAGAGGCCCCGAAAGAGAACCUCGUGGGCCCCACGUGGACCAAGGUCGUUCGGAGUUUUUGGAAGGACGAGGAGCCGAUAUUCUGUCUGGAGGCUCGCGCGGGUCUGCUGGCGGUGCGUCACAAGUUACGGGCGGUCUCCAGUUUCGGUAAGACUCAUCUACACCUUGGGGACUCCAUGACCGCCAUCCUGGCUUUCGAGAAGGGUCGGGCUAAACAUCGAGGUCUUCUGGGUGCUUGCCGUCGCCUUUUGGCUCUGAGCGUGGCCUCCAACACCAGGCACCAUUUCAGGUGGGUGCCGUCGGAGCUGAACCCGAGUGAUCCUGAUUCACGCUACUUCGAGCUUCCAGCGGACCCGCUGGACACGGUGCUGGCCGAGAAGACACGUCGGUCGGCUCGACGCCUGGUGCUCGAGCGUCAGAGGGCGUUGAAGCGGGUUCGUGCCAUAGGGGGCGUGGUUCCAGCCCUGAGGGCUCUGAAGGGCGAGCGCGCAGUGCUGGAGAGCUCUCACCCGUCGACUCCCGUCAGGAGGGACUACUGUCGGCGGCUCGACAAGUUCUGGGAGUUCGGGCGAAGCCAAGGUCUCUCCUUGGCCAACCUGAAAGUUUGCGACGACGCGCUGUGCGACUUUGCCGACCUGCAGUUCCUGGACGGCGAACAGGUCGACGCGGGGACCAAGCUCCUGGCCGCCCUGGAGGACCACGACGUGCAGCGGUUCGGCAAGCCCAGCCUUCCUCGGUUUCGACGAGUUCUUCGAGCUUGGCAUCGGAAGGGGCCCGUGGGCAGCAGGGACCCUCUACCGUUCCGCCUCUUGGCGGGCAUCUUGGGUGUCCUGUCGCUCCACGGCUUCCACGAGGAGGUGCUGGCGCUGGCCCUCAUGUUCUGCUGCUACCUGCGCCCGUCCGAGCUCCUGACGGUGGUCGAAGGCGACCUCCUCGAGCCGGUGGCCAACGCGGGCGUGGCCCUCGCGUGCUGGAGUCUGCUCCUGCGGCCGUUCGAGAGGGAGGAGCCGACCAAGGUCGGCCAGUUCGACGACACGCUCCCGCUCGACAGCCCCGACUUCCCCGGCUUAGGGGCCCUCCUUGCUGGCUUGCGCGGAGGGGAUGCGGAGGUCUGGCUCUUCAGUUUCAGCCAGACACAGCUGCUGCGCCGCUUUCAGGCGGCUUGUCGUGCGGCGGGCCUGGGCUCGCUGAACCUCGAAAUGUACCGGCUGCGCCACGGAGGGGCGUCGAGGGAUUUCCUGAUGAAGACGAGGGAGAUUCAGGCGGUCAAGCAGCGAGGACGCUGGGCGAACGAUCGCACCUUGCUCCGUUACAUGAAGGCGGGCAGGGUGCAGAGGCUUCACAAGGCUCUGACGCCCGAGGCCAGCCGCCGGAGCCUGCCGCGGUCUCUCGGCGGCGGGUUUGUGAUCGAGGUCUUCUCGGGCAGCGGGCGGCUGGCCAAAUCCUUCGCGGAGCUUGGCAUCCCAGCGCUGACCUGGGACAUCGAGCACGGCCCCGCUGGCGACCUGCUGGACAACGACGUGCUGCGCUGUGUGCUGUCGCACAUCGCCUCGGGUAGGGCCAACCUGGGCUUUCUCCCGCCGGCCUCGCUAAG